UGCCAAGAUGACAAGAUGCUUGCUUGCCCGUAGAAAAAUUUGUAAACAAAAAGGAUUCUUCAAUAUUGUCGAAACUCGAAGUAUCUCUCCAUUUCCUUACGGUUAGCAUCAGGAUAUAUGAAAAACAUGCCAGUAGAGUUAAACAGUCUUACGGAAGGAUGGUUGGAGUUGGAAAGUGAUCCAGGUCUUUUUACAUUAUUGCUUGAAGACUUUGGAGUCAAAGGAGUUCAAGUUGAAGAGAUUUACGAUUUGCACAAGCCUUUGGAAAGUCCAGUGUAUGGUUUUAUAUUUCUAUUUAGAUGGAUAGAAGAGAGGAGGUCUCGUCGAAAGUUUGUAGAGCAAAUAGAGAGCUUUGUUCGCGAUGAAGAGACUAUCAACAAUAUAUUCUUUGCGCAGCAAAUGGUGCCUAAUAGCUGUGCAACUCAUGCUUUGCUGUCUAUAUUAUUGAAUUGUCCCAAUUUGCAUCUUGGUGAAACAUUGAGUAGAUUGAAGCAUCAUACUGUAGGGAUGAAUCCAGAGAACAAAGGAUGGGCAAUAGGCAACACCCCCGAACUAGCCUGUGCUCAUAACUCACAUGCCAUUCCACAGGCUCGUAAAAAAACUGAUAAGAAUGCUGGUGUCUCCACUGGCCGAUUCACCGGUGAAGCUUACCACUUUGUCAGUUUUGUGCCUAUAAAUGGUCAUCUGUUUGAACUGGACGGCCUAAAGCCAUACCCCACUGACCAUGGCCCCUGGGCAGUUGAUGAAGACUGGACAGACAAAUUUAGGAGAGUUAUGGCAGAAAGACUUGGCAGGGAUGCUGGGGAACAAGUACAUGACAUUAGGUUUAAUUUAAUGGCUGUAGUUCCUGACAGAAGAAUAGCUUUAACACAAAAACUUAAUGCUAUUGAGCUUAACCAGAAGAGAGUUAAGGAGGCUAUGUCUAAAAUUGGAAAACAUUUACGCCACCUAUUAGCUAAAAGGGAAUACAAUGAACAAGGGGAGCUCAUUCAAACACCAAACCAAAAUCUGUUAGGAGAAAACAUGGUCCAAAUAAGUGAAGAAAACAUGCUGUCUUCACUGGAAUCGGCGCAAGUACAGAUGUACGACUUGGACUAUACACAGCCAAUCACAAUCGAGAUUGGUGCUACAGACCGGCCGCAGCAAGACAACAGCUUACUUUUGGCUAGUUCAGUAGAACAAGGUGCCAUCGUCAAGUUUUUUACAAUAAGCAGAGAUAAUCAAAUAAUUGGUGAUAUUUAUCCAACAUCGACUACAGCGAUAGUGAAGAGUAAUGAAGCGCCCAUACUGAUGUGUUGCGAGAUGGGCUCGGAGCAGCCGUACAAGCUGCGCAAGCUGUUGCUAUCGCACGCGGAGCUCAACGCGCUCAUGAGCAGCAUUGUCGCCGAGGUGCAGUCGUGUCAGCAGGCUCUGAACGACGAAAAUGAUAAGAGGGAUAUGUAUAAGGUGGAUGAUUGCCGGCGGACACACAACUACGACGAGUUUAUCUGCACGUUCCUGUCGAUGCUGGCGCAGCAGGGCGCGCUGGCGGAGCUGGUGGCGGCGCAGCUCGAGCGCAGCCGCGCGCCGCGCGUGCGCCGUCGCCGGCCUCGUCCGCGGCCCCGCGCCAGGCCCCGACACCGGCCCCGCGCUAGGAAGUGAACACUCCAACCGAACUACAUAUGCAAGGCGUAACAAAAUACUUAGGUAAAUCCCUUUGAAAAUAAUAUUAAAAGUAGUAUCUACGCAAGGAACCGUAUUUUACCACCUCGUACCUUUGAUAUUUUAUAAUACCCUCUAUAUGUAGAUGUUUUCAAAGCGCUAAAGAUAUAAAAGUACUAUUCCUACUAUUUUCAUUUUUGACCCUUUAUAAAGCCGGCAGCUUUUGUGUAUUACUAUUUUUUAUAGCAAUAAAUCGUGUCAAGAAAGAAUAUUGGUUUCACUU